UCUUUGACGGGUUCGAACCGGAAAAAACAAACGGCUGUAACUUGCAAGGUUCUGGCUGGUUUUAUCCGCAUUCCGUAUGGUGUUUCCCUCUUUCUGCUAACACUCCUCGGUCACAGUCCCCAAAAAUGGAGAAGAAGCUGCUCUUCCAAUGAACUUCAAAUCCUUCGCCGCCCACUCUUGGGCGCUCCAACCCAGGGAAGCCGCCAUGGCUGUGAUUCAGACCUGCCCCUACAGGGUUCUGUCACAAAGAACUUGCUCAUCUUUUAGGAGCACAGCUUCUGUUGGCUUAUUUUAUUUCAGAGACAGGUCUUCAGUUAAAGUUUUCUCUCUCCUUAACAUGGCGCACUACUCUGCUUUUUCCAAUGAUGAGUUUGGUUCUUCCUCAAAGCGAAGAUCUCGAGGACCUGUUAUGGCCGCAAAGAAAGUAGCUGAAGGGAAAAAGCAAGAAGAGGGAAAAUACAAGCACACGGUUGAACUGCCAAAGACAUCAUUUAGCAUGAGAGCAAACUCUUUAACACGAGAGCCUGAAAUCCAAAAAAUAUGGGAUGACAAUCAAGUUUUCAAGAAAGUUGUUGGUAAAAAUACAGGGGAAAAUUUCAUUCUUCAUGAUGGUCCUCCGUAUGCCAAUGGAGAUCUUCACAUAGGCCAUGCUUUAAAUAAGAUUUUAAAGGAUUUUAUCAAUCGUUAUAAGCUUCUUCAAAAUUAUAAAGUUCAUUAUGUGCCUGGUUGGGAUUGUCAUGGCUUGCCAAUUGAGUUGAAAGUUCUUCAAUCACUUGAUCAAGCUGCUCGAAAGGAUCUAACACCAAUAAAGUUGAGAGCAAAGGCAGCCAAAUUUGCCAAGCAAACCGUUAAAACUCAGAUGGAAUCAUUUAAGCGUUAUGGAGUGUGGGCAGAUUGGAAUAAUCCCUAUCUCACUCUUGAUCCAGAAUAUGAAGCCGCGCAGAUAGAAGUGUUCGGCCAGAUGGUCCUUCAAGGUUUUAUCUACAGAGGCAAGAAACCAGUUCACUGGAGCCCCUCAUCACGAACUGCUCUUGCAGAGGCUGAGCUGGAGUAUCCGGAGGGGCAUGUUUCGAGAAGCAUAUACACCAUUUUCAAAUUGGUCAGUGCCUCUCCUACUUCAGGUGGCUUAUUAAAUGAGUAUUUCCCAGAUGUGUGCUUGGCCAUUUGGACAACUACUCCCUGGACUAUUCCAGCCAAUGCUGCUGUUGCAGUGAAUGCCAAGCUUUUAUAUGCCAUUGUUGAAGUACAGUCAGUCCCAGAAGAUUCUUUAUCUGAUGGAAUUAAAAAGGGAAGGCCUGGAAAUCUUUUGAAGGAAGAAAAGAAGCCUUUCCUAAUUGUUGCUUCAGAUCUUGUGCCAGUGUUAGAAGCAAAAUGGGGUGUGAAGCUUGUUGUUAGGAAAAGGGUGUCAGGUUCAGAUCUGGAAAACUGCAGGUAUGUCCAUCCGAUAUUUAAUAGGGAAUGCCCGGUUGUCAUUGGAGGAGAUUAUAUUACAACGGACUCAGGAACAGGACUGGUCCAUACAGCUCCUGGACAUGGUCAGGAGGAUUAUGUCACUGGCCAGAAGCACGGACUACCUAUGCUUUCUCCUGUAGAUGAUGAUGGAAAGUUCACUGAAGAAGCUGGAAAGUUUUGUGGGCUUGAUGUGCUUGCGGAUGGUAAUAUUGCUGUUGUGAAAUACUUGGAUGAACAUUUAUCAAUUAUCAUGGAAGAAUCCUACAAACAUAAGUAUCCAUAUGAUUGGAGAACAAAAAAGCCAACAAUAUUUAGGGCAACUGAGCAAUGGUUUGCUUCAGUAGAAGGGUUUCGUGACGCUGUUAUGGAUGCAAUUGGUCGUGUAAAAUGGAUUCCAUCUAAGGCAGAAAACAGAAUAUCUGCAAUGACUUCUAGCCGCUCUGAUUGGUGUAUAUCGCGGCAGAGGACAUGGGGUGUUCCAAUUCCAGUCUUUUAUCAUGUCGAUUCAAAGGAACCUCUGAUGAAUGAAGAGACUAUUGACUAUAUCAAGUCUAUAAUAUCCGAAAAGGGUAGUGAUGCAUGGUGGUACAUGAAGGUGGAGGAUCUCCUCCCUGAUAAAUAUCGUGAUAAAGCAUCUGAAUAUGAAAAGGGGACUGAUACAAUGGAUGUAUGGUUUGAUUCAGGCUCUUCUUGGGCUGCAGUAUUGGGAAAAAGAAAUAGCCAUAGUCUUCCGGCAGAUUUGUACCUUGAAGGUAUGGAUCAGCAUCGUGGGUGGUUCCAGAGUUCUUUGUUAACAAGUAUUGCUACUAAAGGAAAGGCUCCAUAUUCCAGUGUUAUAACACAUGGAUUUGUAUUGGAUGAGAAAGGUUUGAAAAUGAGCAAAUCUUUGGGUAACGUAGUAGAUCCACGGACUGUGAUUGAAGGAGGCAAGAACCAAAAGGAUGGCUAUGGAGCCGAUGUCCUGCGUCUCUGGGUUUCUAGUGUAGAUUAUACGGGCGAUGUAACAAUCGGCACCCAAAUUCUCCGUCAAAUGUCAGAUAUUUAUAGGAAGAUGCGAGGAACAUUGAGAUACCUUUUGGGAAAUCUUCAUGAUUGGAAUGCUGAUAAUGCUAUCGCAUACCACGAUCUUCCCAUGAUUGAUCAGUACGCGCUGUUUCAGCUUGAAAAUUUUGUGAAGAACAGUAGAGAGUGCUAUGAAAAUUAUCAAUUCUUCAAGAUAUUUCAGAUCAUACAGCGGUUUGUCGUUGUUGACCUCUCAAAUUUCUAUUUUGAUGUCGCCAAAGAUCGCCUUUAUGUUGGGGGCACAACAAGUUUUACUAGGAGAAGUUGUCAAACAGUUCUUGCAGCACUUCUCCUAUCUGUAGUGAGAGUGAUUGCUCCAAUAUUACCUCAUUUGGCUGAAGAUGUAUGGCAAAACCUUCCGUUCCAGUACACUGACGAAGAUGGCUCUGCUGCUGAAUUUGUUUUUGAAUCAAGAUGGCCAGCUUUGAACAACACAUGGCUCUCUCUUUCGAAAGAGGAAACUGAUUUCUGGGAAAAAGUUCUUGAGUUGAGAACUGAGGUGAAUAAAGUUCUGGAGGUUGCUCGUACGGAAAAGCUAAUUGGCUCUAGUUUAGAUGCCAAGGUCUACCUCCACACUUCUGAUUCCAGUCUGGCCUCUAGAUUAGUUGAAAUUUCUGCAGCCGACAACGAUGCAGACACAUUGAAUCGGAUUUUCAUUACAUCUCAAGCAGAGGUUCUCCCGUCCUUGGAGGAGGAGCUGAUUGCGAAUAUACCGCACAAAGGAGAGUACCUCAUCGAAGAAAACAUCAAAGUCUGGAUUGGAGUGUCUCGCGCCGAGGGCUUAAAGUGCGAAAGAUGCUGGAAUUAUUCACCUCAAGUUGGUUCCUUUCCAGAGCACACCACCCUUUGCAGCCGCUGUUAUAAUGUGGUUGAUAUUCAACAGUCUCAAUCUCCAGCUGUAGCUGUGGUCAGUUGAUAUUCAACUGCAAAAUCUGAAACGUUCCAACCAACAUUAGUCGAUACGAUAUGCAUCAUAAGAAUUAUUCACCACAAGUUGAUUUGUUCUCUAUGUUGUAUUCCGGCUGUACGAUAUUUGCUCGGAUUCCGUUUCUUUUCGGGUUGAGCAGACAAGUAGCUUUUGUACAGCAUAUUGCUUAGAGCACCAAUUGAAGAUUUUGUUGAAUAUUUCAACCAAUACAUGAUGUAUGGAAAUUUCCCAACCUUUUCGAAGAAA